GUUCCCCAUUUUUAAACCGCUUUUUUUUCUUUUUCUUUUUCUCUCACUCUGGAAGGAGAAAAGGAGAAGGAAGAAUAGCUAAGAAAGAUCGAAGCUUGGAAAUAAACCAAAACUCGAAGAUUGCAGAGCAAAUACAAAACGGCAUAUGGGAGACGAUGAAGCUUUUCGGUAGAGCGAAAGACGCCUCCGAUGUUUCACUGCAAUCGUUUGCGUAUUCGCCGUCUCCGGUGAACGCUCCGGUGACCGGUCUUGCGAAGGCGAUUCGUCUGGUCUAUUUCGACGAGAAUGGGAGGUUCUGGAUGGACCCAGAAGCGGUUGCGACUCUGCAGCUUGUUAAGGAGCCUAUUGGGAUCGUUUGUGUCUGUGGCAGGGCUCGCCAGGGCAAGAGCUUUAUUUUUAAUCAGAUUUGCAAUGUUCAAGCACCAUGCAGAGCAUGGAAAAGAGGCUGAGAGCGGCUUGUCAUGCUUCUGAUGCAAACAUAAAUAAUGUUGUUCUGGUAACGAUUCUCUGUCUUGCUAAUAGAUAUCCUUAUUCUUCAUGGAAAAGAUUCCUGGAAAAGAGGCCGAGAGGGCCUGUUUUAAUCCAGCAAGAUUUUAUUACUGCAGUCCCAGUUUUGUUUUUUUAUUUCAAUUUAUGCUUAGAUUUUACAUUAUGAAUGGUCUGUAGAGCUGCUAGCCAAUUCUAGGUGGUAUUCCGGCAUUCUCCAUUCCAUGCAUGAUUUUGGCAUUAGAGUUGUUAUUGAGAUACCUUUCACUGGAUUGGGUAAGAUCAUGACAUGCAGCUUCUUGAUGCUCUUCUGUCGGAGUAUGAAGUAUCGUGCCAUGGCCCAGUAAAGAGGUAGAAAUUGU